CUAAGUGCUACUUUAAACUCUAAUGAAAUACACAAUUUUCUGGACUCUAUUACUUUCUAGUGGUCUAGGAUCUGUCAGCUGCACUAACAACCUUUUUAGUUACAUGUUGAUGUCUUUCUUGAGAAUUUACCAAUGAGAAAUAAUCGUUUUUAUUCAAGUAUUUGAAUGUGGCCAUUACAAUUCCAUCAACUUGUAACAUGAAAAGCAGCAUUCUUUAAAAGUCUAAAGUAAAGAAAGAAGGCUGAUUGAGUGCAGCAAGUAUUUCCUGUUCUGCAGUCUUCAGCAUGCAUCUCUCCAGUAGGUUUAUAGUGUGUGUGGUGUAAAGGUGAAAUAAUGGACAUCAACAUGGUGUUGGGAGGUCAGGACAGUGUGCUUUUGGCUAACAGUCCUGACCAGGCAGUCAGUCGUCAUAAACAUCCCUGUGAGGAUCAGGAUCGAAGCUGCAGCCCUUCUGUCCUGCUUUCUGUGGCCAGCGUGUGGAAGGACGGCCUUCUGAACCGAAAACGGCCAUUUGUAGGAAGAUGCUGUCAUUCUUGCACACCACAGAGUCAGGGAAGACUUUUUAAUUCCAGCAUCCCCUCAUUAGGACUUCGAAAUAUAAUUUACAUCAACGAGACGCACACAAGGCAUCGAGGCUGGCUGGCACGGAGACUGAGCUAUGUGCUCUUUGUGCUGGAGAGAGAUGUUAACAAAGACAUGUUCGCCCGCAAUGUGGUAGACAACAUCCUCAAUAACACAAGUGUGCAGAGUGCUAUAGAGGAGGUGGCGUCAGAGACUAAAGCAGACCAGAAGGUCGUGACUAAAGUAAGGCAGAAGGCCAGAGGUUUGCUCCAAGAAAUGGUGGCCAACAUCUCACCAAGCCUUAUACGGCUAACGGGAUGGACAUUGUUGAAGCUAUUCAAUGGCUUCUUCUGGAGCAUUCAGAUUCAUAAAGGUCAGCUGGAGAUGGUGAAGAAAGCUGCCUCUGAGUACAAUGCUCCACUGGUUUUCCUGCCUGUCCACAAGUCUCACAUCGACUACCUUCUUAUCACCUUUAUCCUUUUCUGUCACAACAUCAAAGCCCCGCACAUUGCAGCUGGCAACAAUCUCAACAUCCCCAUUUUCAGCACAUUGAUUCGCAAACUGGGAGGAUUCUUCAUUCGCCGUAAAAUGGACGAGACCCCAGAUGGAAAGAAAGAUGUCCUUUAUAGAGCUCUGUUGCAUGCGUACACAGAGGAGUUGUUGCAGCAGCAGCAGUUUUUGGAGGUUUAUUUAGAGGGCACACGGUCUCGCAGUGGAAAACCGUCUCCAGCACGUGCUGGCAUACUGUCCAUCGUGGUGGACACAUUGUGCGCCGGUGCCGUUCCAGACGUGCUCAUCGUGCCCAUUGGCAUCUCCUACGACCGCAUUAUUGAGGGCAACUACAACAGCGAGCAGCUAGGAAAGCCCAAGAAGAAUGAGAGUCUCUGGGGAGUGGCCUGUGGUGUCUGGAGAAUGCUCCGGAAGAACUACGGCUGUGUGCGCGUGGACUUUACUCAGCCUUUCUCUCUUAAGGAAUAUCUUGACACACAGCGAAGUCGAAAUCUGCCAGCCCCACUGACUCUAGAGCAGAUCCUCAUCCCAACCAUCAUUGCAGCUCGGCCAGAUGAGGCUGUGUUUAAUAGAGAAGAAGAACACCCGGAUUCCAGAGAGUUGUCUGACGAGCCUUGGAGAAGGCAGGUCAUCUCUAACCUGGCCAAGCACAUUCUUUUCACCGCCAACAAGUCCUCAGCAAUCAUGUCUACGCACAUCGUGGCCUGUCUCCUGCUGUACAGACACAGACAGGGUGUGUUGUUGUCCAAGCUGGUGGAGGACUUCUUCAACAUGAAGGAAGAGAUCCUUUCCCGGGACUUUGACCUUGGUUUCUCAGGGAACUCUGAGGAUGUAGUGAUGCAUGCGCUCAGUCUGCUGGGAAACUGUGUGAAUGUGACCAGCACAAACAGGAAUACAGAGUUCAUCAUUGCCCCAAGAAACACAGUGCCAGCGCUCUUUGAACUCAAUUUCUACAGCAACGGCCUCUUUCACGUCUUCAUUGCUGAUGCCAUCAUCGCUUGCAGUGCUCUGGCCAUGCUGAGGGAGCAGGACACAGAAGGUGAACUCGGCACCCCCUCCACUUUGCUCAGCCAAGAGAGACUCAUCUGCCGAGCAGCAGGGCUCUCCCACUUCCUCUCCAAUGAAGUGAUUGUUGCGCUGCCUUGUCAGACUGUCUACCAGGUCUUCCAUGAUGCCGUGACCAGACUGAUCCAGUAUGGAGUGCUGAUUGUUGCUGAUGUGGACCAAGAGGAGCUGAGCCCCUCAGAGGAACCCUGGCCUAAGAAGUUCCCAGAGCCUCUGUCCUGGAGGAGUGAUGAAGAAGAUGAGGACAGCGACUUUGGAGAAGAGCAAAGAGAUCGAUAUCUGAAGGUGAGCCCAUCCUCUGAACACCAGGAGUUUUUCACUUUUAUGCAGAGAGUGCUCAGCCCAGUGCUGGAAGCCUACAGCGGGGCAGCAAUUUUUAUACACAGCCUGCUUUCACCCAUGACUGAGCGAGAGUACACACAGAAGCUCUUCAAAUAUCUGCUCACGCGCACUGAGAAAGGAGUGUCUGCUUAUGGAGAGAGUGCUACACACUACCUCGUGAAAAAUACAGUCAAAACAUUUAAAGAACUGGCGGUGCUGAAGGAGCGCCGUGAGAACGGUGUGUGUCGUCUAGAGCUGAGCACUACGUUCCAAACUCAGGCCAACAGGAACAAGCUCUUACAGUACAUCCUGGGCUUCAGCCUGCUGUGAGCCUUCAGAUUAACUUCUCCAUUUUCUUGCUCAAGGGCUUCUACAGAAUACAACAACUAUCAAAGGUGCUACUCUAUGGAAGAUUUACCUAGAAGUGCCUUCAGCAAACACCUAGAACUGUGUCGAGCCCAACUUUCACAAUUUAUUUCACAUCUAUACACAACUAGCUCACUUGUCCCUCUGCUUUUAGUUGUUUGUGUGGUGAUUUUUUUUUAAACUAUGAGAAGUACAUGAAUGCCUCUCCUUAUGUAUAUUAAUUGCCUUCAAUUUAGACCUUCAAAGAUAUCUGAUGUAGAUAAUACAUUUUAAGGGCAUUAUACUGAGCAGAAUUGCUGGGGAGCAUAUAUAUAUAUAUAUAUAUAUAUAUAUAUAUAUAUGUAUAUAUAUAUAUAUAUAUAUAUAUAUAUAUAUAUAUAUAUAUAUAUACACAAAGUGUAGCUCCUUUGAGUCUUUCAAAGACUGUCCUGUAAACAUAAUGAUAUAUUUAAACCAGUAACACAAUUUUUCUUUAACCCUGGCAGAAAGAACAUGACACCAGAACUGUUACCUUCUCCUACCUUCAUUAGAUUAGAAUGUAGAGAGAGAAAAAAGGGUGCUUAUUACACCUUGGACUGUAAUUGGCAUAAGGGGUGUUAUACUAUGUAAUAAACCAAAGUAGCAAUAGUCCUAAUUUUGUGAAGCUGUGCAUUCAAUGCUAAUCACACAUAAAAAAGUUCUUCAUUUGGAACUGAAUUUACAAUAUUUAGGACUUUCAGUACAGGGGGAAAGACACAGAUCGGAUAUUCCUUUAUAUUUAAAAAAAAAAAAAAGCAUGUAAAGUCAAGCAUAGCUGACGGUACUUCCCUUAAAAUGUAUCCAUGUAUCAUACGGAGCAGAAUGUUAGAGGUGACUAAAACGUCAAGCAUGAGUAAGAAGCUUAUAGUGUUUGUAGUGAAAAAAAAUGGAUGGGACCUACAGUAAAUGACUAAACAGCAUGCGGGGAAUUUCUUAUUACAUAAGGCAACACAUAGAAAGAAAUGCACUUUAAUAGAUAGCAAUGUAUAAUGUAUAACGAUUCUUUUUUUUAACCUAUUUAUGUGAAAUUGGCUAAAUAUAUUCUUAAAAGAAUUGUCUUGUGGUGUAGUGUACUGGAAACCAGUGCUUUAGUGUGCCAUGGUGGAGUAAUUUUUUUUAUUUUUAUUUUUUAUUCUGUUUUUAUUAUUUUUAGUAUACAUUCUGACAAGGACAUUCUUAAUCUCUUGACAGACCUGUCCCUUUUCGACUUGCACAAUUUGUGAAAAAAAUGUUUGGGUAGCUGGUUUCAGGUAGCGUGUGCAGUACUGUGUGGUAUGGUGGAGUAGUGUGUGUCUGGUACUGUGCAAAGCACUGAAUCUGCCACAAAAGGUUAAAAACAAAAAUAGCUUUCUUGAGUGAGCAACAUUACACACAUCAUAAACCAGUUCACAGGAUAUCUUCCCUUUCCCCCCCAUGAUAUGCUUAUACUGUAACCCAAUCCUACAAUUUUCACAAGUUAGUAUUGACAAAAAAAAGGCUCAUGUUUUAUAUUGACUAGUGCACUACUUUUCCCCACUCUUUUACUCCUAGUACUGUAAAUCCUGUACCUAAUAAAUGGAAAAGUUACAUAGUUCCUUUAAAAAAAAAAAAAAAAAAAACUGUAGGAAUUUAGAAAAUCUGGUGUUACUUGUGUGCAUGACAUCCCCCCCCCCCCAAGCUCAGUUCAUUUCCACAGUGAAACUGAUUUUAUUGUAAUACUCUUAACUGUAACACUUUACUUUUGUAAAAAAAAAAAAAAACGUUUGAGUAAUAGUGUCUCAUUAACAGGAGGUAGGUGAUUACUCCUAAAUCUCGUGAAUGAAUUACUCAUGAGUGCUGAAUUUAUGCACUGAACUUAUUAUAAAUGUGUAACUUGGUCAUGAGUGAUAUUUGAAGUGCAAUGCUCUUGCGUGUUUAUUUUUGGCUGUAUAGAUAUAACACAUGGAUUCGGUGAAUGUCUGCUGAAUGCUGGCAAAUGCUUGAUAGCCAGAUAUAUUUUAUAUAAAAAAAAUAAAUUAAUUAAACUAAGUACAGACAUUAUAAGACCAAAACAUAUCUGUUGAACAAGGGCAAAAAUAAAAAAUAUCAAUAUAUAUUAAAAAAAAGUAGCGUUAACAUUUUAUUAUGAAAUCUUGCCGUUUAGAAGAGGUCUCACAUGAACUCUCUUACUCCAAUAUGAAAAAUACUGUGGUCUUUUACUAAAUUAGUCAUUAUCUUAACGAAAGUGAACGUUUUUGACUUGUGUAAAAAGGUCACAUGUUGAAAUGUCUUCACAUCAUGGCUCACCGACAGGCAUUUUUAAAUGCAUUUUCCUCUCUGAUUUUUUUUUUUGUUGUCUCAUAAGGUGAAACAUUUGAUAAAUGCAUUAUAAAUGACCUGCUUAUAAGCAGACACUAGCUCUAGUAACUCACAAUGUCUCUUUACUUGUAAUAAAUGCCUGUAAAGCAUU